GAACGCCCACGCACAUUAGCUCCACCCUCUUUCAUCAAAAUGAAGCAAAGAGUUGUAAUCCUUGGUGGAGGAAUAAGUGGACUAACCAGCGCCUGGUCACUGGCAAGAAGUAGCUCAAAACAUGAAAUAAUUCUACUAGAGUCCAGUGAGAGGCUGGGUGGGUGGAUAAACAGUGAGAGAAUGGCAAACAAUGGGGCUGUACAUGAGCUAGGGCCAAGGAGCAUGAGAGUAGCAGGAAGUGCGGGAAAGACUGCAUUAGCUAUGAUGUCAGAGUUAGGUCUAGAGUCAAAGGUUAUUCCGAUCAAGAGAGGACACAAAGCAGCUCAGAGACGUCUCAUAUACACAAACCGACACAAACUAGUCGAACUGCCGUCAAAUGUUUCAUGGCUAUUCAAAACAAAGCCGCCGUUCACCAAACCUUUGCUAGCAGCUGUAGCCAAAGAGCCGUUUAUUAAAGCAGAACCUGAGGGAAGAGAUGAGAGUGUGCAUCAGUUUAUUAGCAGGAGAUUUGGAGCUGAGGUUGCACACUGGCUCAUUAAUCCUAUGUGUCGUGGGAUUUUUGCUGGUGAUUCAAAACGCUUAAGUCUCAAAUCGUGUUUUCCUUUACUGCAUGGCUACGAACAGAAGCAUGGGUCUAUCAUCAAAGGAAUGCUAAGAGGAAGUGAUGAGAAAUGUGAUGCUGAUAGCAAUGAACUUGUCAUUAAGUCAAAGGAAGAGAAAUGGAUGAUCUAUACGCUAGAGAAUGGACUACAGACUCUUACAGAUACACUGAAGACAGAGGCUGAGAGACUUGGCGUUCUCAUACGUACUAACACACCUGCUACUAGCAUUUCAUUUGGUGCUAAUAAUAAAGCUAUAAUAAAAACUAAUGGACAGGAAUAUAAUGCAGAUCAUGUAAUAGCUACAAUUUCAGCUCAACAGCUGGCAAAAAUUUUACCAACCAACCAGUCAAAAUUAUGCUCUAGUCUGAGCUCAAUACCAUUAGUUGAUGUAGCUGUUGUUAAUGUUGAAUUUGAAGGUGGUGCUGUACCUAAACAAUGGAGAGAAGCAUUUGGGUAUUUGGUUCCAUCUCACCAAAAAUCAGAUAUCUUAGGAACAGUUUUUGACUCGGCCACUUUUCCUGAACUUAAUAGGAAAGAAGCCAUUCCAACCACCAGACUAACAGUAAUGAUGGGAGGGGAGUGGUUUCAAGAGCUGUUUGGUGACCCGGAGACCAUAAGAAGCAGUACUUUGUCAGAUAUUGCAUUAAAAUCACUUCAUACUCAACUUGGCAUAUCAUCAGAUCCACUAGACUGCAUUGCUACAAUACAAAAGUCAUGUAUUCCUCAAUAUACUGUUGGACAUAGUCAAAGACUGGAUGUUAUCAAUGAUUGUAUUAAAGAUUUACCAAUUUCUUUGCUCGGAGCAUCAUAUAAUGGUGUCAGUGUCAAUGACUGCAUUGCAAAUUCCCUUUUAGAAGUGAAGAAAAUACUCAACUAAUCAUUCUCUCAUUAAUUAUUCAUUGUCAAUAAUAAUUAAAUAAAUCACCA